AUGGUAACAGUAUAUUACGUUGUUGAACAAAUGCAACUGAUAAUCAAUUUAACUGGCUUUCUUCAUAAAGAUACAACAUCAUUAAUAUAUACUGCACCAGAUAGAGAUCAUAGUGUAUUAAGUUAUUUAAAUAAAUUUAUGUUUAAAAUAAUUUCUAUUUUACCUAUGAAUGAUGGUUAUUAUACAUAUAUUUAUGUUGAAACAUCUUUACCAGUUCAAUCUGAGUGGAAAACUCGAUUAGAGAUUGAAAUCAAUAUCGAUUAUUUAAGUAUUUAUUUACAUGCAUCAACAUCAACUAAUUCUAUUGACAGAAUCAUUAGUUUGAAUAUUAGCUGGACAACAACACAAAGCAUGGCAUAUGCAUUUGCACCUAUUUGA